UGUCACCGCGGUGCAUUUUGGUCCGGACAGUCGGUACUCUUAAGUCCUCCUGGCAAUUCGUUCCUGUCCUCAUGCUAACUCGGAAAACCGUGUUUUCAGCCUGAAACACGGCCGCAUAUGUAGAUUCAGGACACUUUGCAGGUAGCGGCAGGUCACCCGUGUGUGAUACUCGUGUCUGCGUUUACUGUCACUACAAAAAACUCGAUAAUUGCUGUGAGUGAAGCAUGGUCGUUAUACUGUAGCGGCUACGAUAAUUAGCAUAACAAACAGAGCUGCGCGACAAACUUGAAGAAAGUUAUAAAAACCAGGUUUUAGUCGCAGAGACGAGGCAGCAUGCGCAUGACAGAUACCCGUGUUUACUUCUAAAUUACUGUAACCUGCGUGGGAGUGUUCGCUCUUGUUGUACCUGUGGAUUGGGACUGUCUCAAACAUCUGGAGGGCACUGAGGGACCGCUAAUAAGAGGAUUGUAAACACUCGGAGCUUGUCAGCUUUCUCUGCUUAUGGAAGCUGAAACUUGCCUUAAUUUCCACCCUCCAUUCCCUGCUGCUGUAUUUGUUUUAUAUAAGCUCUUACCUGGGGUGAACAGCAGCUCUCCAGCACCAGCAUGGCAGUCUGUGUAAAGGCUGUGUGUUGCGUUGGUGUGGAAAUGAAAAUGCACAAGUUGUUGCUGGCCGGCUGUGCGAACUUUAAUCCAAAGCGCCUUUUAAGCGCUGUCAGUCCCUUUUUUUCAAGACUUGGUGGAACAAGAGCUUUCAACCAUUGUAGCAGACCUACAGACCUCUGCCCACCGGGACACACUGUGCCACUGGGAAAUAGAAAACUGGGAUUAUUCAGCAGGAGCUACAGUGAUGUCUGUUUGAAUUCACUUGUCAGUCAAGCAGUGCCUUUAUCAGGAUGGCAGACCAGAAGAUCUCAGUGUGCUGCGGUGAGAAAGGGGAGAAACUUACUGCAAAGAGGUGCAGCAUGGCCUGUGUCCUUUAUGUGCAGAAGACUCUCAGACAUCCCUUCUUCCACUGUAUCACCAACUUUUGUAGUGAUGAAGUUUGACCAAGAGGGAAAUGUGACCUCAUUUGAAAAAAAGAAGACAGAGCUUUGCCAGGAGUUAAGCCUUCAAGCCAGAGACCUUCGCUUCCAGCACAGUACCAGCCUCACUGCCAGAAAUAACUGCAUUAUUUUACGAAUGGCGUCUUUGAAAGCCAUCUUGACCCCAGAGUCCCUCAUGGUGUUGGAUUUUCGUGGUCUUGGACUGGACCGCUGGUUGGUUCUGGAGCUCGCCCCCCAGCUAACAUCGCAGACGCACUCUUUACCCUUUGAGUUCAGAGCGCUGGAGGCCAUCCUGCAGCACAAGGUAAACACUCUACAAGCCUGGCUGAACGAUGUUGAACCAGUCAUAUUGGAUACACUGGAAUCUCUCUUAGACCCUAAAAUCCUUUCUGCUGAUAGAAGUAAACUACAUAUACUUCUGCAGAAUAGCAAGAGUUUAUCAGAGUUGGAGACGGACAUAAAAAUGUUUAAGGACUCCAUGCUGAAGAUCUUGGAUGAGGAUGAGACUGUUGAAGAAUUCUGUCUCACAAAGUGGACAGACCCAAGAGUUUUUGAAGAGAGCAGUUUAGGUCUUGACCAUGCUGAGGAGAUGGAGCUUUUAUUGGAGAAUUAUUAUAUGCAGGCCGAAGAACUGGGGAACAGAGCAAGAGAGCUGAAAGGACUGAUAGACGACUCUGAGAGUGUAAUCUUCAUCAAUUUGGACAGCCACCGUAACGUGAUGAUGCGACUGAAUCUGCAGUUGACCAUGGGGUCCUUCUCCCUUACCUUAUUUGGUCUGAUAGGCGUGGCAUUUGGAAUGAAUCUGACGACAGUUUUUGAAGAUGACCCUCGUGCUUUCUGGCUGGUAACGGGCUUCAUGUUCUUGGGCAGCGGGCUGAUAUGGAGGCGACUUUUAUCAUUUCUAGGACGGCAUCUAGAGACUUCAGUACCCCCACGAAUCCCUCCAGUUUGGAAGAGAAAUAUGAGACCAUCAGACAUCAAGGCUGGGGUCAGAUGAAGUUCUACCACUCCACAGACUCUGCAGCGCUCUUGGUCCUCCUUAACUAAAGACUUCAACUACAAAAAUGUUUUAAUUUUUAAUACACCUCAUUAUUUUACUCUCCCAUAGCCCAGAGCAGAGGUGGAGAUUACACUCACAUCUCUGGAGACUAUAGUGCAGUGAUUCUCAAACUGUGGGGCGGGCUCCACUAGUAUGACAUAAACAACCACAUAACAAAUAUGAAGUUGAAACUACAGUGAAUUAUUUAAUUUUUUUAUUUUAGAAAAUAAAACUAGAGUAUGCUGCUGUGGGUGUUGUGCACCUUGCAUGAAGAUUUUAAGAACCCCCGCUCUAGUGUGUAUGUGUCAGUGUUUCCCCUCGAUUGACAACCUGUCAUUUUUUUGUUUAUACAGAUAAAACUUGAGUUUUAUCUGUAUAAGGUACUGCUCUUAGCUCUGCAAAUUACAGUGCCUGGAGCAGCAGGUCAAAGCCAGUCCUGUGGUUGUUGUGGGUGCAGCUGUGACAUAAUCAAGGGAGCUGCUAGUGCUCUGGCCAGGACUAGCCUCCCUGCUAUUAGCAGGUUUCAUUGCACUUAAAGUAAUGAGCAAAGUGUUGUUGUCAACUCCAGUGAUGUUUUCAGCUGUCUGCUCUGUUGCAAACCUUCAUAUAUGUGGAUAAAACAAGUCAGGUCAUAUAGUAAUCAUUUGCUCAUGCAGUUGUGCUUUCCUUCAUUUCACAGAUGCAGAAAUAUGUUAAAGAGAAAAAAAAAUCAUUUUUAUAUUACUGCAAAAUUGAUAAACUUGUGACCUUUUUUUUUAAAAGACUAAAUCCAUCUAUGCUCUGACUUCUGCCUUUAUUAAACAAUGUGCAGCUUUGUGGCAUCAGCUGUCUAAUUAUCAGAUGAUAAUCUGGUGUUAAUAUCAACAUGGGUGACAGCACAGGAACUAUAUUUAGGCAAACUUAUGAAAAUGCCAACACACUUGCUAAACAAAAUGUCAUUAAUUUUCUUAUAAAUGCAGAGCUUAGUGUGUGACUGAAGCUGUUACAGAUUUUAUCAAAGAGAGGCUCUAUCAUUUACAAAUUUUAUCAAGUAUUACAAAAAUAACUCUCUUUAUAAAGGGGUUGAUGAAAGGCUUGGUACAUCUGCGAGAUGUCAGUAUAAGCGACAGACCAGGCCUUACAUUAGUGGUACCCAGUUGUGACACUGAACAACAAAAAUGACUUAUCAAAAUGGAAAAUCCAUGCAAAUGCAUCUAAAUAACUGUAAGCACAAACAUCAUACUUUCUUUAAAGCCAGAGUGCAUACAGUGACAGAUUUUCAGAUUCCUGAUGAGCAGUGUUUGGAAUGAGGUGUUGUUAUUAUGGACUUUCUGGAUACUAACGUCAUUGUUGUGGCUGGAAUAUGUUCUUUAUUAUUAUUUAUGUUAAUUGAGGCACCUCACUAGUAGUGAAAAUAGCUUUAUGACUGCCUAAAUGGAUUAAAAGUGAUUUCUGUUUGUCUGUUAUGGUAGACUUCACAUUUUGUAAAUAUGAGUUCAUCUGAGAGUAAAAUGUUGGACAAAAAUAGCCACCUAAACCAAACAUAGCCUUUCUCCACUAGAGGGAGGCAUUAAACAUAAUUUAACAGUCCUUCAGUGAAAUCAAUAUGAGAUAAUGUUUUUAUUGAAAUCUAUGCAUUUAGAAAGUAUUUAAGAUUUAUAUGCUAGUUUUUAAAAGUAUUGUGAAUGAAAGAAACCUUUUACAGCAAAAAACUAUUUCUGUCAUGUCACCCCAUGGCACUAACAAUGAUCAUGGGUGGUAUGACAGGGCUGAGUGACGCAGACAGGAUUUUAGUCAGAACUGCAGAAGUGGAGUCAUACUUGGUGCUGUCAGGUGAUGAGGUGGAGAAGGGCCAGAUAUUGGAGCAAGAAGGCGAAAGCUCAGAGGAGGGCAAACCAGCUUUAGAGGAGCCUGAGGAGGGGCAAAAUGGCAACACCUGAAGUCCAUUAUGGAUGAGAAGUAAGCUGUGUAAGUUCGGGCUCUGAAAUUCUGAUAUCAGCAUGUAAACAAGAUACAGAAAGUCAUUUAGGACACAAAAAAGGGCAAAAUUCACUCCACUAUCACUGAAGUUGUGUUCUGAUUCAGUUUAUAUAUUAAAAUGGAGUGUGAAGAAGUGCAUGCUUAUCAAAUCCUACCCCUUCUCCAUAAUUUCUCAGUUUAACAUUUCUUCAGCUUCCGUAUUGAUAUAAACUUCAUGAACAACAGACAUAUUUCUAAUUACACACAAUAUAUACACUGUAAAAUACAAAUUCUCAUAUUAUGGUUUCCCAACUCAAGAAUUCACUGAAAUUCAUACAUCAUCUUCAUCUUUGUAUCUCAUGAAGAUCAGAUCUUAAUACCUCUUUUUCAAAUGCUCUAUGUUUGGAUAUUGCUUCAACUCAACACUCAAAGUUUUCCAGUUUCACUCCACACACAUUCAUAGGUUUGAAGUUGCAAAAAAAAAAAGAAAAAACUUUUAAAU